UAGUUGACGUAAUUUUAGAAUAGACAAUUGCACUCCGAAACAAAAUUAUUUAAUAAAUAAAUUUAUAAAUAAAAGUUGAACUUAUCAUUAAAAUAAUUGAAUUAAAUGAAUAAAAAUAAAUAUUUUGAAGCACAUAAAUAACCUGAAGUUUGUAAAUAAUAUCAUAUUGUGUUAGAGGUUAUAUUCGGAGAAUGUCUUUUUACGAAUGACAAAUUAAUAAUAUUUAUAAAAAGAUAAUUAAAAAUAAAUAUAGUUCAUUAAGUGACAAGAGAUAUUUAUUUCUUCAAUUGUUAAUAUCAUUGUAUGUUUUUAUUUAAUUUGCUGAAAAUGGCGUCUGGAGCUGAAAACACAACAGAAGAACGUACUGAAGCAGUGCCAAGUCAGACUGUGAGUAAUUCAAACUCCGAAAGUGGACAUAAAAGAAUUGGAGCAGACAAAGAGUCAGAAUUAAGUGGAUCAGCACAAAAAAAAUCCCGAGUUGAAAUUCAGUCACUACCGACAAGGCAGUACCUAGACCAAACGGUGGUACCUAUACUGCUGCAAGCACUCUCGAGUUUAGCCAAGGAACGACCUGAGGACCCGAUAAAUUAUCUUGCUAACUACCUCCAAAAAAAUAAAAGCCAGUAUGACAACAGCGACUCGCCACCAGCUAGCCAAUAAUUAAAUUGAUAAAAAUACACGUUAAAUUUUUAAUAAUAUACUUACACACAAACUUAUUUAUAUUGUUAUAUUAAAACUAAACGUCUUCUCAUCAUACAACUCUCUAAGUAAAGGUAAUUAUUGUAACUGGUAACAAACAGCUAAUAAAAAUAAAAAUUGUUUAUAUAUAUAUAUACAUAAGGACAUUGUGAUGCGUAAAAUAUUUACUCCAACUGAUUAAUUUUUAUAAUGGACGAUUUUGUAAAUUU